AUGAAGGGCGCCUCAGCUGGCUGCAAGAGAAAAGUUAAGGUGGAGUGUUGGAUUCCCGGAGUGUCGACCAAGGUGGAUGAGUAUGAAAAAACGGUAGAGGUGAUUGUCCCAAUAGAGGAAGCCACGAUCAAGUCGGUCAAGUUGUUGAUAAUUGAUCAGUUGAUCGCAUCAUUAGAGGAAGAGAGAGAUGACUGUGAAGCCAAAAAUCAACUGAACUAUGGCGAAACUCACCUCUUCACGAAAGAACUUUGUGCUCAAGCUGCUCCUUUGAAGUCGGAUACGAAUUUGCCCGAAAGAAAGAAGCCAGCAACAAGCUUGUUUUGUGAGCUAGAUCCAGAUUUGAAGGCGCGUAGAACUUUAGAGGAAGCCACGUUGAUACUUCAUCAGAUGAUUGUAUCAUUAAAGGAAGAGAGAGAUGACUGGGACGUCAAAAAGCUACUGAACUUUGGUGAAACCCACCUCUUCAGGAAAGAACUUUGCACUCAAGCUGCUCCUUUGACGCCGGAUAGGACUUUGCCCAAAAGCAAGAAGCCAUCAACAAGUUUGUUUCAUGAGCUAGAUCCAGAUGAUUCCAAUAUUUGGGAGUUGGAUCAUGGGCUUGGUGGAAAGGAAAAGCUAUACUUUUUUGUUGAUUUUGUCUUCAACAUUGCCACGAACUGCGCCUCGUUGUCUCAACAGAGCUUCAAACUCCCAUUGGUUCAAUUUAGAGAGCCCAAGUGCACGCUAGAGGAUGCCAAACAAGCACUUCGCAAACGAACAGGCUUGGACACUGGGAUUAUGCAUCUUUUUUACAAUGGGUCAGAACUCAUCCAAUGGGAUGGGUAUGCCAACACUAAUACGCGCAGCAACUUUUGCUUACAACCGAGGGAAUCUGAUGCUAGAAGUCUAUGGAAUUUGCCAUUCUAUAGAAUCAGAGACCAUUCUAUAGAAUCAGCGGUUUUCAUUCUAUAG